AUGUCACUUCCAGCGUUUUUUGAAGCCGACGGCAAGAAAAACCCUGUCUUUGACGCGUUCCGCAACGUCAACCAUGUAUCACCAGAAGCAAUUGUCGAUCUCGACUACAAUGGCUCAGAUAGUGGCGCUCCUUGUCUUCAACAGAUAAGCACCAAUCUUGGUGCAAUGUAUAAGCAGAUGGUCAGCAACGCCACUGACCCGUUAAGUUUCUUUGGUGGCGAGUUUCGGGCUGGAGAUGACCCGUUCGGAAAUGGUGACCCAUCUAUCGGGUCGAUAGAGGCUGGUUGUCAUACAGCAGUGCAUAGAUGGACAGGUAAUCCAAGAAUGCCAAACAACGAGGACAUGGGGAAUUUCUACUCUGCGGGGUACGACCCUGCGUUCUACGUCCACCAUGCAAAUGUUGAUCGUAUGUGGAAAGUAUGGAAGGAUUUAGGUAUCAAAGGACACACUGAACCUACAGACCCUGAUUGGCUUAAUGCAUCAUACGUGUUUUAUGAUGAAAACGAAGAGCUUGUACGUGUUUACAACAAAGAUUGUGUCCAAACUGAAAACUUAAAAUAUGAUUUCGAAUUAUCCCCACUCCCUUGGCUCAAGAACCGACCCGUUGCACAUACCAAACCAGAGACCACCACGAAACCUGUUGAAAAGGUUAAAGUGCCGGACGUGAAGUUCCCCAUUAAGCUAGACAAGAUACAGAAGGUACUUGUGAAGCGGCCAGCGAAAAACCGAAGCCAAUCGGAAAAGGAAAAAGCGACUGAGCAGUUGUUGAUCAAAGGAAUCAAGUUUAAUGUCUCCAAGUUCGUCAAGUUUGAUGUGUUUGUUAAUGACCAAGAUGAUGUUCCCACAAGCUCGGCAUCCGAGAGCGAGUUUGCAGGUAGUUUCGCACAGUUGCCUCAUCACCAUGGUGGCCACAAAAAGUUAAUGACAAGUGCAGCAAGGUUCGGUUUAACAGAGCUUUUGGAGGACAUCGGAGCCGAGGAUGAUGAGUAUAUUUUGGUGACAUUGGUGCCAAAGGUAGGGGCCGAAGAUCUCACCAUUGAUGAAAUCAAAGUGGAGUUGGUUCCUAUUGUUUAA